GCCUACCCUGCUACUGUAGGGUGGCUAUAUGCUGCUCUUUUUUCGUAGCGCAUACAUUUUGCAGUUGGGUCAUUCUCCUAAGAAGUUCCAAUUGUUGGGGUGGGAUGCAGUAUUUUGCUUUCCUCCAAUAGAUUCAAAGUGUGCUCCCUGACUGACAAUAGCGAGUCUACGAGUGGGAGGAACAACUCGGCGGCGAUCCUUCUGGCUUUGUUACGUCUGGGAAGCCAUUUUGGAAUUCUGUUACUAGUGGCUGAGAAUUACACAUUGACAACUUGUGAAGUUUUUACCUCUGCUCUCUCGGAAAUAACAUUUACGGAGGCCGUUCGGGGUUCGGAUCAUUGGGCCCACCCCCUCUGCGCCGUUCCGCGACUGUUUGUAGUGAUGCGGCGAGAAGUUUGCGCAUCUUCCUUGGCUGUGUUAUUCUUGUACGACUGGAUUAUUCUCAGAAGAAUAUAAGACAAAUGGACUCGCGGCACAACACGGUCUGAUUGAAGAAUGACCAUGGAUUACUCCCGCCUGCACACGUACACCCCCCCGCAGUGUGCUCCGGAGAACACUGGCUACACCUACUCCCUCAGCUCCAGCUACUCUACGGCGGCCCUGGACUUCGAGAAGGAGCACAAGAUCGACCCGGUGUUCGACUCGCCCAGGAUGUCCCGGCGAAGCCUGCACCUGCCCGCGACCGGCGGUCACCACGGCGACGACAGCCUGCAGCUGGACUCCUCCCUCAACCACAGCGCCUCUUACAGCGUGGGCGGAGCCAGCCGGCGAGAGGCCAGGACGGUGAGGAGCAGGAAGCAGCAGUUUGCGUCGAGCACGCAGACACAGACGCAGACGCAGACACGGUCGCAGACGCGGACGCAGAGCUCGUCUGAGUGCAGCACCGUGCUCGUGAGCCAGCGCAGCCGGGGCAGCUGCGCAGCCGGGCACGCCCUGCAGGACGAGUCGUGCGCACACGGGCGCGCGGUGGUGGACGGCUCCUGGGGUUUAGCUGGGGAUGGGGGCCUCAAAGAGUGGAGGACAGAGCGCAGCAUGGUCCUGGGGAAUGGAGACACCAGUGUGACGCAGACGCAGACGCAGACACAGACCUCCAUGGCGAACGGCUACAUCUGCAGGGACUGCACCAUCCUCGCCGAGAGGAAGGAGGUGCUCACGGCCUACUCCUCCACCUCCGCCACCGCUGCCUCUUCCACCGCAUCGUCCUCUUCCUCGCUGUCCCAGUCCGCCUCCAGCUCCACCUCCAUCUACUCCCGGGACAACAUCCAGAAACACAAGUCAGGUGCGCUGGUGAGACUCUCGCGCACCUGUCUGCGUUACGGUGGCCACGCCCUCUCCCGCGCCGCGUCCUUAGUGUCGCUGCUCAUGCAGAGCGUCCUGCUCAGGACGGGAGACGAGGUCACGGGCCGCCAGGGCAAAGGUGUGCUGGCGUCCGUGACGGACACCUGUCUGCGCUCCGGCCGCCGAGUCGUCACCUCCGUGGUGUCCCUGAUGUCUCUGCUCCUCCUGAAGACGGGCUUCAGGGCCAAAGGUCACCAAGAGGCCGUCAUCAGUGAAGGAGGCCACUCCAGUUACUGCGGAAGUGUUAACGUCAAAGAUUUGGUGACAGGAGACGAACACCUGAAUUUAAAUGGGUCACUCUGUGACGACUGCAAAGGGAGGAGGCACAUGGAGACGCGGGCGGUCUACGCCCAGUCCUCUAGGGCACGCCGCCUGGCGGCGGUGGUUUGGAGCGUCUUUGCUUACGCAGGCUACGGCGUGCUGCAGACGGGGCGGUCGGUGGGUGUGGCAGGCCUCUACGUGGUCCGGAAGCUGCUGUCGGUGCUGUGGUUGGUGCUGAUCUCUCCAGGGAGGGCAGUGGCUGGAGUCUUCUGGUGGCUUGGGACGGGGUGGUACCAGCUGGUCACACUCAUGUCCCUGCUAAACGUCUUCAUCCUGACCAGGUGCCUCCCAAAACUGUUCAGACUCCUGCUGUUCCUGCUGCCGUUCCUGUUGAUUCUGGGGCUGUGGUUCUGGGGCCCGUCCGGCCUGCUCUGUUACCUGCCCGCUGUGAACCUGACGGAGUGGCGCCUGGCGCCCCCUUUCACCCUCUCUCUGGCCCCGAGGCCGACCCCCUCCACCCCCCUGGAGCAGCCCGUCCACAAGGCUGAAGAUCAGCCCGCCACCGCCCCUCCCCCUUCGGUCCCACAGUCGUCGGGUGCGGUGUUCUCCCUGGACCUGGAGCGGCUGUCUCGGCUGGAGGAGCGGCUGGCGGAGCUGUGGGAGGGGGUGCAGAGGGGAGGCCGGCUGCAGGAGCAGCAGCACGGGGAGGCGCUGGGGCUGUACGCCUCCCUGCGGGAGCAGCUGGACAGACGGACGGACAGGGACAGCCUGGGGCUGUGGGUCUCCAGCCUGCUGGAGCAGAGGCUGACCCUGCUGAGGAGCGAGCUGCAGCAGGACACUGCGCAGACAGAGAGGACCCAGGACGAGCUCCGGAUGCAGCAGCAGGGGUACGCUGCCCGCCUGUCUGAGCUGGAGGCCAUGCUGCUGGUCCUGGCAGCCAAAACCGAGGAGGUGCAGCAGAAGCAGGGGACGCCCCCGCCAGCUCCUGUCAGCGUGGGCGUGGACAGAGAAUCCCAUGAUGCCUUGCUGUUAGAGGUGCAGAGGCUGGAGGCGGAGCUGGGCCGCAUCAGGCAGGACUUGCAGGGGGUGAUGGGAUGCCGGGGGAAGUGCGAGCAGCUUGACGGUCUUCAGGACACGGUGUCUGCGCAGGUGUCUGCGCAGGUGAGGCGGGAGCUGCGGGCGCUCUUCUACGGGGCCGAGGAGGGGGAGCUGCCCGAGCCGCUGCUGCAGUGGCUGUCCGCGCGCUUCGUACGCGACGCCGACCUGCAGGCCAGCCUGGUAUCCAUGGAGACCAGCAUCCUGAGGAACGUCAGCCUGCAGCUGGAGCAGAGCAAGCAGGCGCCCUGCGCAGAGACCAUCACUGCCGCCGUGGAGCACGCCGCACUGGAUGCUGGGAUGUCUGAAGAGCAGGUGCAGCUGAUUGUGCAGAACGCGCUGAGGCUGUACUCCCAGGACCGCACCGGCCAGGUGGACUACGCCCUGGAGUCCGGAGGCGGCAGCAUCCUGAGCACGCGCUGCUCGGAGACGUACGAAACCAAGACUGCGCUCAUGAGCCUUUUCGGGGUCCCCCUCUGGUACUUCUCCCAGUCCCCCCGCGUCGUCAUCCAGCCGGACAUGUACCCCGGAAACUGCUGGGCCUUCAAGGGCUCCCAGGGCUACCUGGUGAUCAGGCUGUCGAUGAGCGUGGUCCCCACAGCCUUCUGCCUGGAACACAUCUCCAAGGCCCUGUCCCCCACCGGCAACAUCAGCAGCGCCCCCCGGCACUUCACCGUCUACGGUCUGGAUGAUGAGUACCAGGAGGAGGGCAAGCUGCUGGGGCAGUACACCUACCGGGAGGACGGAGAGUCGCUGCAGACCUUCCCCGUCAUGGAGGAGAAUGACCGGGCGUACCAGAUCAUCGAGGUGCGGGUGCUGUCCAACUGGGGCCACCCGGAGUACACCUGCCUGUACCGCUUCCGUGUGCACGGAGAGAGGAAGAGUAAGUGAGGAGGAGGAGGAGGAAGAAUGGAGAGGUCUGCCCUUGUAUAGAGAGACCCCCCCCCCCCCCCUAAAAACCCCCCACCCCAUUUGUAUAUAAUGUCGGACUGUCUGAGGACUGCAAAUUUUGAACAUUUUUAACGGGAUGGGGCGAGAGGGGGGGUGUUGGACAGAACGUGCCCAGCGGAAGAAGCUACUUUUAAAAAAAAAAAAAAGAAAAAAAAACAAACGGAGACUGAAAGGUGUAAGGAGACUGGAAGGGAACGUUGCAGAUCGCUGAACAGGACGUCCACUGGAGACACGGCCCCUCUGUCCCACUUCACAUCUCAACAUUGCACUGAUCCACCCCCCCCACCUUCCCUAUCCUGGGCAGACUCCGGGCCAGGCCACCCGGAGAAGCCCCCCGGCCCCCCCGCCCCACCCAGAAUGCCCUGCACUGCCACCUGUGUCCUUACCUUGAGAUGGAGGACUCUUCUGUUCUUUCUUUCUGUUCACUUCUCUCUUCCUUCUCAUUUUUCUUCUUUUUUGAUUUUCUUUGGUUUUCUUUUAACGUCACUCACAAUUUAAGUUAACUUAACUUAACUUUGACAUGGAAAGCUCUUUCUCAAACGGAUAUUCCCUGUAAACUGUGGAGCCCCCUUCCCUCACCCCUCUUUCCACCCCUACGGGCUCCUUCUUGAGUUGCAGGUUGGAUGUUGGAGGGGACGUAGAACGUAGAAGCACGCUCAAAUCAGGCCACCAGUUGGAGGUUCGAAAGGACGGGGAAUCAUGCUCAAGUCAGGCCGUAAGGUGUGGGGGUAUGAGGGAACGUAGAAGUGUGUCUUAGUCUGGCCACAGGGUGGAGGUUUGAAAGGAUGGAGAAGCAUGCCUAAGUGUGGCUGCAGGGUGGAGGUUUGAAAGGAUGGAGAAGCAUGCCUCGGUGUGGCUGCAGCUCAGCACACUGGUUCAGGUUGUGCGGUGCAGCCUCAUGACAUGCAGAAUGUCUGCAGGCAUAAAGAUAGCCAGAAUCACUGCCUCCCUUUACACUUCACCAUAGAGGGUCAUGUCAGAGUGCUCUCUCUCUCUGUCUCUCUCUUUCCCCCUCUCUCUUUCUAUCUCACAGUCUCCUCUCUUGCUCUAUCUCUCUGACUCUCUUUCUCCCCUGUCUCUCUCUCCCCCUCUCUGUCUCUCUCUCUCUCCCCAUUUUUCCAUCUGCCUCUCAUUCUCUGUCUCGCUUUGUCUUGCUCUCCCCCUCUCUGUCUCUCUCUCUUCCCCCCCCCCCUUUUCUAUCUCACAGCCUCCCCCUGUCUCUACCCCUCCAUAUCGGCAGUCCUUGAAUGUGUACAGGAUGUGGACAGAAACACAAAGCUCUUUUUUUUUUUAAAAAACACUUUCUUUUUUCUCUUUUUUUUUGUAUUCUUGCUAUUUCUGACCUGAACUUUUAAGUAAUUACAGUAGGAUGGUGGGAGAGUACAUUUAGUGACACACAUAGAGGAGAUAGUGUAUUUUAGAUGUAUUAGAGUCAAGGCUGUAUGCUGUUGCUUCAGCAACCCAUUUAUCAGUCCCUGAGAGAUACAGAAUGUCUGGUUAUAUCACAGUCAUAAUGGUCCUCUUGGGGGUUUGCUUGCCCAGAAACCGCACUGGAAUGUAAACUGUAUAUUUCACUGUUAAUAGUCUUGUCUUUUUAAAUCCGCUAAUAUCAGUGUUGCUUUGAAAAAGAGGAUAAACCCUGUCAUUAUUAUUAUUAUAACUAUUAUUGUUAUUAUUAUUGUUAUUAUUAUUAUUUGCCAUUGUAAUUUUAUUCGACCCAAAUUGUUUUAGUUCGGUUCUGAAGGAAGCACUGCUACCGUUCCUUAAAAGAAUAUGUAUUGCUCAAGUCCUUUGUAAUUUGUAUACAAAAAAAAAAAAAAUUAAUUUGAACAUGGAUGAAAGAAAUAUUAAGGCUAAAAAAACAAAGACUAUCUAUUCUUUUGUAGUGUGACCCUCUAAAAUAAGGGUUGCACUAAAAAACUGCCUAGACUUUGACUAGGUUGUUGUUCGUGGCACUAUUUAUAUUUAAUAGCGAUGCAUUGAUGAGAAGAUAGGACUUGGUGCAAUGUAUUUUUGUAAAAAAAAAAAUGCUUCAGUCCAAAUUUGGAACCGUCUUGGGAAGUGUUUGUUUUUUGUUCGUUUAUUUUUUAUAUAAAUUUAUUCUAUUUUUUUGUCUUUGCUGUCGUAAGAAGAGUCAACUGCUUUGGAAAUGCUCAAAUAAAGAAUUUAAUUUUUGAGAGCUUUUAAUAAUGCAUGUUAGCCUAUGUUUUCCAAAAUCAAAAGGUUAAUAAAGGGUAUUUUCAUUUUUCA